GAUGUUUAGUGAAAUGGAAAAAGAGGCAACAAAGAUGGUGAAUGGUGGAGUUAAGUCAAAGCCACGCAAGGGCCUUCCUGAUUUCCUCGGAUCUGUGAAUUUGAGAUACGUCAAGCUUGGUUACAUUUACCUUCUGUCUCUCUCCCGUACGUUUUGUUACUUCAUUCCUCCACUUCUCCUUCUCUUCAUCUUUGUUUAUCGAUUCCUCCCAAUCUUGGCUUUUCCUUUAUCCAUCUUCUUUCUCCUGCUCCUCUAUCAUUUUCUUACACCUUCCUCUGUUUUCCUUCUCGAUUUCUCAUGUUACCGCCCACCCGAUCAUCUCAAGAUCACAAAAAGCGACUUCAUCGAGCUGGCAAAGAAGUCUGGUAACUUCAACGAGACUGCCAUUGAGCUUCAAAGAAAAUUGCUUCACCAAUCAGGCAUAGGAGAGGAGAGCUACAUCCCAAGAGUUGUUUUCAAGCCUGGUCACAGGGUUAAUCUUCGUGAUGGUCGUGAAGAAGCAGCAAUGGUGAUCUUUGGAGCAAUUGAUGAACUUCUUGCAGCGACCAAAAUCAACGUGAAGCACAUCAAGAUCCUCGUUCUAAACUGCGGAGUCCUCAACACCACGCCUUCUCUAUCAGCCAUGGUGAUUAAUCAUUAUAAACUGAGGCAUAACACAGAGAGCUACAAUCUUGGUGGUAUGGGGUGUAGCGCCGGAAUCAUAUCUAUUGAUUUAGCCAGAGAUCUUUUGAACGCUCACCAAGGCUCUUAUGCUUUGAUUGUGAGCACUGAGAUAGUGAGCUUCACUUGGUACUCAGGCAAUGAUGUCGCAUUGCUUCCACCAAAUUGUUUCUUCCGAAUGGGAGCAGCUGCAGUUAUGCUCUCUAGUCGGCGCAUCGAUAGAUGGCGAUCCAAAUACCAACUUAUGCAGUUAGUAAGAACCCAUAAAGGCAUGGAGGACACAAGUUACAAGAGCAUGGAGCUGAGAGAAGACAGAGAUGGGAAACAAGGACUUUAUAUAUCAAGAGAUGUACUCGAAGUUGGUCGUCAUGCACUCAAAGCAAACAUUACAACGCUGGGUCGUCUUGAGCCUUCUUUUGAGCAUAUAUGUGUAUUGUCAUCGAGUAAGAAAGUGCUUGAUGAGAUUCAAAAGGAUCUCAAGUUGACGGACGAGGAUAUGGAGGCAUCUCGGCAGACACUGGAACGUUUCGGGAAUACAUCAAGCAGCAGUAUAUGGUACGAGCUGGCUUACUUGGAACACAAAGAGAAAAUCAAAAGAGGUGAUAGAGUUUGGCAGAUCGGUUUUGGGUCAGGGUUUAAAUGCAAUAGUGUUGUAUGGAAAGCCCUAAGAAACAUUGACUCUCCAAGUCACUAUAAUCCAUGGAAUCUGUAAGGAUUUUCGUCUAAACCCCAA